GGCCCUCCAUACCAGAAAUGUUUCUGCACCAGCCCCGCAUCAGCAUAGCCAACCGUGCUAAAGCCACUAUCUAUUCCAUCAUGUGAAUCUCCUUUCGCGCCAAGAGAUAUGUCGAUCGAUAUCCCGGACAUUAGCCCGCUUUCGCAUGCGUCAUCGCUUAAAGCUCGCAUGUCACUCCACAACCUCACCUCAAGCCUCAACGUUGCCCGCUACACCCCAAAGCCUUCGAACCACCUUCGAAUCCUGAUCUUCCGGCUCAAUUGCAGCUGGAGAAACUCACCAUGGUUCUUCAGGACUUAGACGACACGCCACAGGACAGCUUCAACGACACCCCGUAUCCCUCCGAGAACGACCCAUACUCGAGCCCGAGCUCGAGCUCGACCUCUGGGGGCCGCUUCGAUGCCAGCUCGCUGCCACAGCCGAUUCCCAUUCUAGGGCCUUUUCUAGGCUUUUCCGAAGCCGCCGUGCGCUUCAAGACCGAGUCGACGAUCAAGUUCGCCGAGCGCCGAGUCCAUCGAUCACUGUACCCCGAAGAAUCGCAAGCCCUCGCAUCGCACCUUUACCAACUCGAACAAACGAAGUCCUACUUCACAGCUGUAGGCGCUGGGAUAGGGGCUUGGAGAUGGUAUAAGACGAUGGAACAAUGCCGGUACCCGCUGUACCUGCCGAAGCCGGAAAACAUCAACCCGAACAAAUUUUUGUUCGUCAAGGGUCCAAUGGCGCAGUAUGCGCGCCACAGCUGGAGGCUUCUCUUGUAUAUGUUCGUCGCGGGCGAGCUGGGGAAGCUCCUGGGGCAGAUUACGGGGCAGCCGAUCGCCGCCCAGAACACGGCCAACGAUCCCAAGCUCGCGCAGUUUGCAGCGGACUUGAGGAAUUCGAUCGCAUCGGAUACUACGCGUGCGCGUGGGGCGGGCUCGCAGCAGAAGAAAGAGUGGGACGAUAUGAUUACAAGAGAAAGAGCGGCGAAAGAGCAUGCUAGGAGGGACUCGCCUUUGCCUGGUGCGCAGCAAAGGAGGCCUUGGACACCGCCUCAGAAACCGGCUGCGAGCGGCGACGACGAUAUGUCGCCGAUUGCAGGCAGCGAUCCUUGGGCGCCUAUGGGAGAUAGUUCGUGGGGAGACUCGGGCUACUCUGAUCAGACACAAAGCACCCAGCCUCGGCAACAACGUGCUUCGCGCCCGAGUGAUGAUGACGCAUCACCCACAGGAGGGAUGUUCCAAGACGAGGUAAGGGACCGAUCGAGGCCAGGUGAAUCAGCAUGGGACCGGCUUCGCCGGGGUGGUGCUCCGGGAUCGGCCCAACAGCGUCCCCAACAGGGCGGGCGUGAGCCUCCGCAUCGCGAGCAGAGGGAAGGUUCGACAUCGGGGGAUAGCUUUGCGUUUGCGGAAAGUGAUGAGGAGCGGAAGAGGGCACAGGAGAGAGCGCGGAGGGAAUUCGACGCUAGGAUUGCGCGCGAGAGGCAGGGCAAGGACUUCAACGAUGACAGUAAGAAAUGGUGAUUCUGCGACGCAUUCUGGUACGGGAACGCCAUUAAUCUUGUAAAACUAGCCACACGUGUGUAGUGAUGUGAGUAGUGAACCAAAAUUGCGACUGGCUGACUGAGACCAGAGGCCAGAGUGAUUCAAGCCGACUCGCGAGACCUUGACUUUCACUGUUUCACGUCACCACGGAUUCUGACAAUUUCACG